UGUGUGUGUGUGUGUUGACUGUUGUAGCAAGAGUAAACAACCCCCUCUUGGUUGUAGUGUGGCACUUCAUUUGGUGCGACUGGAGUGUGAGCAAACGCAGCCUAGCCUAGGUGCGACGAGGACGGAACAGGUCGACUGCCAGCAAGGUAUCCACGCCACUGCUGUUUACUAGUUUAGCCCUGCUAUUUUUAAGACGACAGCACUGCUAACUACAAAAAUUAAUAUACCGGUAGUUACUUCGCACGCCAAUGCCAUAAACAGAAGCAGAAUCUCCCUAGCUGUGUCACAGUGCAGUGUAGUGUGUACAUGUAUGUCAUAUACACUCUGAUGAGUACAGUAUGAACUAUGAUACCGUUCAGGCAGCCUCCGCAUUUCAUGCGAAGUCAAGUGGCACUGUAGCACCAGCAGAUAGCUGUCCAACCCGACGACAGUGCGGGGUCGAUAGUAUUUUAGCUCACGUAACGUCGUUGCUCCUGCGCUAUCUUGGCCGUAGUGCAUCGGCUGCAGCAGGCCGCUCACGUCGUUGCCCACUACUUGGCACUAGCAUUAUCUACUUCUGAACUGUGGCACCAGAAUACGCGCUGGAAAAGCCGCUCCAAGCAAAGACUUGAAAGAGUUACAAUUACAUGGCAUCAUUGUAUUACUAUCAGUAGAGCCUAGACUAGAGACUAGAGGAGCUGUACUGGUGCCAGUGGUGGUCGCGUCUCUUACUAUUACUAAGUCUUAGUUUGAGUUGCACCAGUGCCUGGUCGUGUGAGAGGAAGUGCAUUGUUGUGGUGUACACCGUGCUGACGACGGCGGCGGGGCUAAUACUAGUGAGUACCCCGACGAACAGACACUGAGGCAGUGCUGCUGUUCUCGCUCACUGACACACGUCUACGUAGCUUUGUUGUACCGUGUGUGUGUCGGUGGUGGCCAAGCUUCCCCAGCGUUUGCAGCUUCCAAGGAGCAGAGGUGCAGAGCUUCCUCUUCACCUCCGUGCUGCUGGUCAGGCUGUGGAACAUCGUCUUGAAAAACAAAGGGAACAAGAGAGAAGCCAUUCCUCGGGCUCUGCAGCUUGCCCUGUGUCUCUGUGGGGAGCAGUUUGCCGUUGCCGUAGUGUCGAGCCGCGUAGCCAGUAGACUGUACAUCAUGGUACUUGUAGUACGCUAGUGUCACAGCGAGGCGCUGGCCCAGCAACCUGGGAGUGGGAAGUGGAGCGGAGCUUCAAGUUCAAGCACAACACUCGACUCGUGCCCAGCUACAGUAACUGUUGCUCUCGCCUUCAAAUCCGUCUCAGAGGUUUGAGAGGAAUCGAAGCCAUUUCCUCCUCUCCAGUCACGUGAUCUUUACCUAUCAAAACUGUUCGUUUGGCUCGAGCACCUGUCUUCCUCUCACUCUCAGUCAAGUCCGCAAUGAGAGUGAGAACGAAGCUUCCUCUUUCACUGCUCUGACGGACCUCAGCUAGUAGUAGUAUUGUAGUAACGGUGUAGCGUCCUCUCAUCUGAGACGGCUAGGUGUGCUGUGCGGAAGAAGCUGAAUUGUGCGCACGGCCACGAAGAACCAGCGACGACGUCGACAGUCUGACUCUGGGCGUCUUGCGUGUUGCGCGCUAGCCCUCACUCUCAGCGCAUUCGCUGAGUGGAUCCCGUCACUCGCUACCACGUCAGAUCGCCCCCCCCCCCCCCCCCCGUCCUCCAUCUCGCGCGAUCAAUAUACGAUCAUCCUACCAUGACGUCAGAAAGCAACGCCUGUCAGCUUGUGGGACAGCCACUGCGAAGCCAUGGUAAUCAUAAUGGACACGAUCUGCUCUGUCAGCAGCAACGGGAGCAAAUCGACGGUGGCCGGCGAAGUACACAAUGUCAUAGUGGAGGGCUGUCGACGCUUGAAGACCUGGCCCCACCAAGGCCAAGGCCAAGAGCGGACAGUCACCAGUCACAGAAGCAGCAGCAUAUGCACCGCAGGGUGAAAAGGUUUGGAUGGCGCAGUAGCUGCUAUGCUACUGCUGCUGCUCUGAAAGACGAGGACAGGACGAGGACAUCCAGCUGCGUUGCCUUGUACACUAAAGGCCUCCACAUGUUCAGGAUGGGUGACCGAGAGCUGAAGGGAGCUGAGCCUGUGCUAACUAGCUUUCAGAGGAGUCAUUCGCCUAUGAAUCCAGCCGACGACAUGGCCAGUAAGCCUAGAAAAAGAACUAGCGGCCUGAAGGCAUCGUCCGCAUCUCCUAGGGGCUCUCACACUCUGCCCAGCCCGUCAUCCACGGCGGCCAUGACGUCUCACGACCUGAAAGCGUCGCGCAAGAACAUGCCGCUGCGCCUGCGCCAGUCCGAGCUGGAGGCGACCGCUCGCUCUCUGGCAUCCUGCCGCCACUACCCGAUCCAGUACCCCGGCAAUGCGCGCACCGCAGACGCAAAGACCUCGACAACGCUGCAGCCGAUCACGCCGCGGACAGCCGCCGCUUCUGCCAAUGAGUUCAGCUGGGAGGACUAUUGGGAAGAGAGAAAGCAGAUUGAGAAGUCAGCUAGUCCUGCCGAGGAUAAAGAAACUGACAUCGAUGAAGACAUCAACGAACGUCAAUCCAACACGGAAUGGCUGAAGCGCAGCGGCUUUCAAGACGCAGCGGAUUCCGUGGACAGCAACAAAGAAAUCGAUAUAUCCAAAGUUCGUGAAAGAACGCAGACAAUGAAGCUCACAGCGGCUGAUGCGGCUGCCAUUAUGAAGCAGGUCAAGCGGAUCAAUGCCUCUGUGAAGACGAGUCCCAGCACCAGCAGCAGCAGUAUUGGGACAGGUGACCAUCCUGCAGUCAAUGGCAAAGCCUCACACGGCAGAGAACCCGACAAGGAACCCGACAAGGAGCUGUCGUCGUCCACAUCCGCGCUAGAGUCCAGUGCUGAGUCUGAUCAACGGGGAAGCGCAGCGGAAUCCACCGUUCUCUCGCAGUCUGAGUACUUUGUGUGCGUGAGUGGAAACGCCGACACCGUCGACCCGUCCGUCCCGCUUCCCGAGCUGGAGCUGGGUAGGGAAGCAUUAGGUGUAACGUACAUGCAUGAUCUAUCCGAAGCCGACCAGGGCAAGAUCUGCCACGUGGUGGUCCUGGCUCUCACGGCGUUGCUCGAUACGUAUGACCUACGCUGGAAGACGGGUCGACCGUUGAAGCGCAAGGGUAUGGACGUGAAGGACGCCAAGAGCAAGAUCUUCGGUGUGCCGCUGACGUCUAUGAUGGAGCGCGAUCGUGGCCUGCAGGAAAGCAUCACGUGUCCUCUCUUCUUCACCGAGAUCUGUGACUUCCUUGUAGAGCGAGGCGCAACGGAGGAAGGCAUUCUUCGCAAGCCGGGCAGUGAGAGUCGUAUGAAGAAACUGCGUGAGGAACUAGAAGACGUCUUCUGUGAAGGUCGCUUCAGCUGGCAGGAUCGCUUCCCCCAUGAUUGCGCAACGUUGCUGAAACAGUUUCUUCGGGAGCUUCCUGUGGCGUUGCUGACCGAGGAAUACUUGCCGAUGUUUGAGACGAUAGAACAUAUUCCUAGCCGACGCGUACAGCUGAUGGUGCUCAACCUGCUGACCCUGCUCAUCCCACCAGUGCACAGAGCAUGCCUCAAGGUUCUACUGCAGAAGCUCUAUCAGAUCACAACGUUUGAGGACAAGAACCGCAUGGGCCUGUCCAGCGUGGCCAUGAUCAUUGCACCUAAUCUGUUCCGCCAUCGACCGUGCACCGACCCCACCAACGAGGCCAAGAUUGCUGCCCGUGAAUCCUACAUAACACAACUACUGAUGGUCUACCAUGACCUGCUGUUUGUGGUGCCCAACACUCUCCUUGAGCAAUUGCGCCUGGUCAAUGAGGCUGAGGCUGUAAACAGCCGAAAGACAACGAAUAUGAAAGCGGUCAAGAAGGUACUCAGUGCUCAGCAGCAACAGCAGCAGCAGUCGCGCAAGCACGACUCGCCUACACCCACUCCAACUACCAUGGGAAAGGAACGCAAAGUUCUAAAGGUCUUCACUCCACAGUCGAGUCGUGUAUCCUAUGUGAUGGAGAUUUCGGACACGACAACUGCUGGUGACAUUCUCAUUCAGUUCUGCAAGAAGCAGUUUGGAGUGACAUCGCCCACGUUUGAAACGGGCACUGGCAGUUUGGAAAACCUGACGGAUCGGCGGAAGAGCCACACGCCAGUCUCGGCAUCGUCCUUAUCUCUUGAAGACGUGCGGAGUGGCAGCCUAUCGUCGUCAUCGGAUACUCUGCGCAGCAACACGCCGGAGCAGAGCCCACUGGCGUACGAUGUGUACGAGUGUUACGGCAAUGUGGAAUACCGGCGUGUACACGAGGAAGCGCUCAUCAGAGAGGUUCAUCGAGCGAAUCCGACUGGCAGCAUUGCAAUAGCCAAGUGCGGCACGUCAGACCUAGCGGCUGUGCUCAAAACGGUCAUGGCAUAAACGAGAGGGAGAGAGGCACGUCCUCGCUCCCUCGUCCGGAUUUGACGUUAUUAUUUUAUUUCGCAGGAAAGACUUUCCGGACUGCCGGUGACCACACUCGAGAAUUGAAAGCAGAUUCCUACCUAGACAAACCUUGACUAUCACGCUUACACAUUGAUUUCCCACCCAUUGACAUAAUGACGCAAGGACAUUUCAUUUUCCUCCCGACCAGUCUUUUCAUACAUCUAAAUUACUUCUCUUGAGAGAUCUAAAAACAGGCUCGUCGCCUACUCGACCAAUGCCCUGUAAGAAUCCCUGCUGCCUUUAUCACUUAUUCCAAGGUCCUACACUCCGCAUCAUCAUCUAUUUCCCUCCUUCCCAGAGUAUUUUCAACCGUAGAAUAAACAUGAAGCUUGUGCUCCAGAUCUCCUUUCUUUUUCUUUUCUUUUUUUCACAACAAUUUUGUGAACUCUCUCUCUCUCUCAUGCAUGUAAUUAUUCAAGUGAAUUCCCAUCCCUGGACCUGGUUCUAUCUCGACUCAAUUUUCUUCUUCUCCAGAACACUUGAUGCCAACUGGUUUGGGAUGUUGUAAGUUGAGGUGCAUUCUAUGACUCCCAGGUCCACAUGGUUUUUUUUAAGCACUUUAAGGUGUUGAGGUGUUGGUACAAGAUUCUCAUUUCUCAACACACUUGCUCCCAGAAAUGAUGCCUGCAAGAUCUAGCACACACAUUA